CUGUCUCAUAUUCGAUCCACACAUUAGGUUUCGUUCCUCGUACUACCAAAUCCUACAUUCGCUACAAAAUUUAAUGCAUUUACUAGUAUGGAAGUUAAGCAAUCUUUGUUUUCCUUCUCGCCUCAGUUCAUUUUCUGACGCAAUUCGAUAUUGUUGAGAACAGAUAUUGCCAAAGAGAUAGCUCUCUGGUACUCAUUUUGGUUUGCGAAUCAUCUUUUACAAUCAAACAUGCAAGAGACCAUCAAGGUAUUGUUCUUUCCAUGGGCAGGAGGCACAUCCCGUGUUUACCAAAGCCUUUGCGAGGAAACACGAAAACAUCUCGUCCGUGAGGAGUCAUCCGUGUCAUCCCUCGUUGGACCCCAACCUUACGAUGCUUUAACCUACUUCAAGGAUCUCAAACCUAUUCUCUCCCAAUUCAACGUCGAAUUCCUUGCCAUCGAUCUACCAGGUCGUCUUAUUCGUCCAAAYCCAGAAAGUCAAGAAAUUCUUUCAGAUUUUGCAAGUUUGAGUCGUGUCUUGAUUCAUGAAAUCUUUCUUGAUGCAGCCGACGGUGAUGCGAACCAACAAAAUACUGUCAAGAAGGGCGAAAGUUAUGUUUUGUUCGGCCAUUCCUUUGGAGCCAUGCUGGCAUUUGAGAUUGCGAAACAAGUUGGAACUUACGGCCUUCCUCCUCCUCUCGCUCUGUUUGUUUCGGCAUCUAGACCCCCGAGUGCCGUGUCUCUCACCUCUUCGAAAWCCAAACCUGUCUCGUCUAUGAAUUUUGAAGAGAUGAGGGCUUAUUUUGUUUCGAGGGGGUCCAAUGCUACUUUUUUCGAUACUGUGAGGGAGAACGAGGAAUUCAAGAAUCUAUUCAUGAAAAGCGUCCAGGCUGAUUAUACAUGUCUCGAAACGUAUGAGUCCAAUGAAGAUCAGAUUGACUGUCCAUUGAUCGCCAUUGGUUCUGAAAAGGAUUGUAUUGUCAGCGUGAAGGAUACGGACGGGUGGAAGAAGCACGCAGCAAAUUCGUUUGAUAGUUUGAUUCUGAAAGAUAAGGGACAUUUUUAUCUUGAUGAUCUAGAAGCAGUAGUCGCUUUAGCUGAAUCCAUCAGCUUGAAUGUCGGCAAGGUAAGCACUGUAUCCAUAUGUUGAUAUGUCGAAUUACUGCAUGUUUAUGAACAACAACUAAAAUUCAUUUUUACAGACACUAUCGACAACUCUACAAGAAGAAAUCGGGGUUAUCACGAAUAUCUACUCGAAGGUCCUUCGUAUCGAUGCCGAUUUGCUUCGUUUGGAAUCCGAUUUCUUUGAAAUUGGGGGGACCUCACUUGACACCAUUGCUCUGAUUUCUCAGAUCAAAGCGCACAUUGGGAUUCAUAUCCCACAAAAUGAGUUCUUUUUGAAUCCCAAGAUUGUCCAACUUGCAAUUCGUGCACGUACAAUCAAAAACACUUCAUUCGUGGCACCUGAGCUGGUUGCAGUCAAAAGCUCUGUCACUGGUGAACAAUGGUUUCCUGCUUCUCCAGGCCAAGAGCAGAUGUUUAGUUGCUGGGAAAUGGCACCUGUAGUCUACAAGUACGUGGUGUAUCUUUGUUUUCAGACACUGUUGAGCGUACAUUUUCAUCUCACCUUUCUCGAUUUUGCUAUCAUAUAGUAUGCCAACUACGAUCGAGUUUGUGAAUUCUGCAGUAGAUAUCGAACGCCUUAGAGAGGCAUUCUAUCAUGUUGUCAAGCAACAACCUUCCUUGCGAACCAUUGUAGCGAUUGAUUCSAAGACAAAUGCGGUUAUGCAGAGAGUCUUACCUCUAUCGCAGGCAGGCGAAUGCUUCAAGUUGGAUAUUUUGAAAGCGGGGGACAUAGAUGAGGCAAAAUCCAUGGUGGAGAAGGAAAGUCUAUAUAAAUUUGAUCUUUCUAAUCCACCUAUUGUUCGUGGAGUCCUUGUUGAGAUCGAGAACAGCCUUGUAUCAUAUUUCCUCUUGAACCAACAUCAUGUAAGUAGCAAGUCGAAAAUACGUUUCAUAAUUCUAUGCUACGUUUUACUYAAUCUCCGUUUUUAUGAAUUCUUUGACAGGUUGGGUCAGAUGGAUGGUCUCGUACCCAGCUAAGAAGACAACUUUUGCAAGCUUACACCGAAUUAUGUUCGAAUCAAGAAGUUUCUUCCGAUCUCACGAUUCCUCCUCAUCCAAACUAUGUUGAUUGGACACUAUAUUUGGGGAAAUGGCUUCAUCAUUAUGGACAACAAGAAAGCCAACUAGAGUACUGGAAAGACAAGCUUGCAGGUUUGACUGUAUUGAAUUUACCAACAGACAAGCCACGUCCAGCCAUUUUAAGUUCUCGAGGUGUACGUAUCCCUGUUUUCAUGGAUCGUGAGCUCACAGAACAAUUCUCUCUUUUUGUAUCUGAAAAAGGUGCAAAUUUAUAUGCUGGCCUUAUUGCUGCAUAUAUGUUAAUGUUGCACCGAAUUGGAGGUGGAGAUGAUUUUGCAAUUGGUAUAGCUCUAGCUAAUCGUCAUCACGAAGGAAUGCAAAACUUGAUUGGGUAUUUUGCCAAGUAAGUACCCUGSAUGUGCACUCCAACGAAUUCUGUCUCGUUCACUCGAUUGUGCAUUUURCUAACAUCUGUUUAUAGUGAGGUUGCAAUUAGAGCUAACUUCGAUGAAAAGAUGUCAUUCGUCGACCUGUUGCAAAUGAUAAGAACAAACAUUCUUGAGGGGAUGGCGAACGCAGACGUUCCUUUUCACAAAGUGACCGAAGAAUUAAAGGUGAAAAGAGACAGCAGCAGAACACCUGUAUUCCAAGCCAUGUUUGCCUUGCAAGAACGUGCCUGGCACAGUUUGGAUGACCUCUGUCCUAAGUCUGGUGACAUUUGCUUUCAAUUGAAGAAUCAGAAUCAUAAUACUUCCAAGUUUGAGGUACAUCUUCAGCUUCGACAUGACGGGAACGGGGCUCUUGAAGGAGAUCUCCACAUUGCAACUGACCUAUUCCAACCCAAGAGUGGGGAAAGGAUGGCUGAAAUGUUUGUCAACCUUGUACGGUCYUGUACAGAAUGUCCAUUAAAAACCAUUCGAUCCCAUAGUAUUAUGACCGAGAGUGAUGCAGAGUUGAUCGAGAGAUGCAAUGGUACGAGCAGAACCUACGAGAAAACGUCCAUUGUUGACUUUCAACAUUCUUCUCCCGAUGAUGUAGCUCUAGUAGUGGACGGCUCUUGUGUUCAAGAGGUGACAUUCCAAGAGUUCCAGGGUUUUAUUUCGAAUGUGUCUUCCUUUCUCUUACAUCAUGAGUCCCUGCGGCAUCAAGAAAGAGUCGGACUUCUGAUCAAAAGUUCUGCAAAUGCCAUGGCAGUAAUAUAUGGUAUUAUCAAUAUUGCCUGUGCAAUCGUGGUUUUAGAUCCAGAGAAGACGCCGAUUGACCGCUGUAAGAUGAUAUUUGAUGACGCCAAUGCCAAUGUCGUCAUAGUCGAUGAUGAGUACCAUAGUGCCUUCCAAGAGCUUGCGAGUGAUGUGAUAGGGCGAAAGUUAUGCCUCAUUUCUGAGGUUGUUUCUUUUAAUUCUUCGGAUUCCAGUACGGCGAAGGUGGAGGCUCUUCCAGAGGACAUUUUUGGGAUUUUCUAUACUUCUGGUACAACGGGUACCCCCAAAGGUGUUGUGAUAAAACACUCAAAUGUACUCAAUCUUGUCUGUUGGUGGAAGGAGUUCUUUGACGUUACGCACAAGGAUUCAAUUCUCCUCUUCUCGUCUUUGAGUUUUAUCAUGAGCCUUCGUCAAUACAUUCCAACAUUGCAUGCAGGAGCAACUGUCGUGAUACCAGAGACUGCACUGGAUUUUGAGUCUGCCAUAGUAGCAGGUAAGGUGAACAAGUUGGUAUGCACUCCUUCCGCUCUUGCAGCUCUGGAUAUGGAAAGGGUUGCAAAUAGGAUUGAGGCCAUUCAGCUGGCUGGGGAGGCACCAAGGAAGAAUACUCUGGAUGUAUGGAGCACAAAGGUCUCUAAAGUCUUUAUCGGACUUGGGCCGACCGAAUUAUGCGCGCAUGCUGUCUGUUCCCAAUACGAUGGUGAGACUUUAUGUAUUGGCUAUCCUGCAGCAAAUGUAAAACUAUACAUUGUAGAUCCGAAUACUGGUUUACAAUGUCCUGUGAAUGUACCUGGGGAGCUAUGGAUCGCAGGAGAGAAUGUAUCGUUUGGAUACUUGAAUAGAGAAGAGGCAACAAAGAAAUCCUUUGGAUAUGAUAAUUUCAGUGGAUCGUCGGAUAGAUUGUACAAGACAGGUGAGUAUUCCUUCUUUCUGUCUACAUAUUCUAUUUUCAAAACAUACCUCUCACACUUGGCUUAAAAACGGAUCUUACUAGGUGACUUGGCGAAGAGGCUUCCUUGUGGAAGGAUUCAGUUCAUCGGUAGAAAUGACCAACAGAUCAAAGUAAAUGGAUUUCGAAUGGAGGCGGGAGAAAUUUACAAUGCCAUGCCAAAAACUGUUGAAAAGUCACAUGUUAUGGUUCAGAACAAUGCUUUGACGCUGUUUGCUAGUCCGACUUCCAUAAAUGUAAAUGAAUUGAAGUCGCACUUACUCAAAAUACUUCCGACAUACAUGGUACCUACAGUCAUUCAUACCCUCGACGAUUUCCCCUUGAACAAGAACAGGAAGCUAGAUGUACAAUCACUGUUGUUAAUGGUGGGUACGAGUCAGCCAGAGGAAGAGGAGGCGCAGGAAGAUGCCGAUUUUGGUCUAUCCAAUCGCACCGAGACUACUCUGAAGCUGAUAUGGUGUCARAUUUUGAAUAAGGACGUCAAAAGCAUUGGAAAAGACGAUAACUUCUUCUCGCUCGGAGGUACWUCUCUUUCUGCAGUGGUCGUCAGCAGGAUGAUCAAUCAAGAACUUCAAAUGGAAUUGUCCGUCCAUGAUGUAUUCAUUCACCAAACGAUUCAUUCUUUAGCCCAAYUUAUCAGAGAAAAGGAGAAGAACGUUGAAGACUCUACAUCGGAUCCCCACCCAUUGCAUUUCCUUCCCGGUGGAAGGUGCGAGCUCCAUCCGCUUCUUUUCGCGUUCCUUCAGCUUAUCGGAUUGAUUCUGAUGUCCAUCAUAGCUACGGUCCCAAUCAUUGCAACUGUGUCUUUAUCUGUGAGGUCUUUCAUCUGGUUUGGUGAUCUGGGGGCAGUGUUGUUUCCUCUAUGUUUAGUUGGGGGCUGUCUUUUUCACUGUACCUUGGUGAUACUUUGCAAGUGGAUUGUUGUUGGUAGAUACAAGCCUGGAAAAGCAAAGACGUUCAGUUUCUACUUYUUGAGAUGGUGGCUAGUGAGGUAAGACGUUUGUAACUGUAACUGCGAAUCCCUUUCUAUCAAUAACCAACAUGCAUUCUCACUAUAACUGCAGGAGGGUCCUGCAAGUAACUCGUCUUUACACAUGGAUUUUAGACGAGACGCCUUUGUCUGGAAUCAUACUGCGCUUCUUAGGCGCAUCUAUAGGGAGUAAUGUCUCAGUAGAGCAGCCCUUUCUAUUCGAGCCCGAUCUAUGUAAGAUAGGCGAUAAUACUGUCAUUGAGUUCGAGACUCAAUUCUGUACGUCCGAAAUUAAAUCUGGGUACCUUGAAUUAAGAGGAGUGACCAUAGAAGACAACGUGAAGAUUGGUGUUCGUUCAAUUCUUUUGGGAGGUGCACACAUUCACAGAAAUAGUCAAGUCGUUGCAAAAACAACAGUUGACUACUGUACGUCAACGACAAGGGAAGGGCAGACACUGGUGGGUUCUCCUGCUGUCCUCGACUCUUCUGCGGAACACGUCCCACCUCGGAAGACUAGCGAGUGCUCUACGCCAAAAAAGUGGAGGCCACAGCGAGGUAAUGGAUAUUUGUUCUGCCAAAUGGUUGCAGCUUUAACAAUCAUUGAGGUGAUGACAGCUAUUGCCUAUGUAGGAUCACUCAUUGGCGGGUAUGUAAAUGAAAGGUUUGGUUCCAUCGGACUUGUUGUGUUCCUAGGGUCGGCUUUUCAAAUAAUUUGCUGCUUCAUGUGGCUAUGCGUCGUUGCCCUGUUACGCCGUCUACUGAUACCUGACUUAGAAUGUGGGAAGCUCUAUUCUUCAUCAUGGUUUGCAUUAAGAAAGUGGUUUCUGGAUAGAAUAUUUCUCAGUCCACUCUUCAUAUAUGCAAGUCAGCGAGUACUGCAAACAUCAAGUACUUUUCCGUGGUACCUCAAACUUCUCGGUGCUAAAGUUGGAAAAAAAGCAUGGAUCAAUCACCCGAUUGUGCGAGUUGGGGUAGAGCAUAUUACUAUUGGGGAUGAUUUCCAUAUYGGGUAAGGGUGGAAAAUGUGGAAUCUUCAGAUGACAUCUCGAUCUCUUUUACUUGUUUYCAGUCUAAUCAUUUCCCUUUCAGAAUGCAUGCAUAUUUCAGUACGGAAAGACAGGAAAGCGAUGGAGUGUGGUUUGAUCGUAUGCAAGUUGGCAACUAUUCUUCGUUUGGUCAACGCAGUGUGGCCUUGGGUGGAACAACGGUUGGAUCAUAUGUGACGAUCGGAGCAGAAACAGUGCUACCCUUUGACUUUACUGCUGAAGAGGGUUCGACUGCAUUCGGAUCUCCUCCAAUGAAGUUUACGUCAACGGCUCUUUUCAAGGAUAUUGUGACGCAGUCUCAGUGCUAUGCUAAAGAAUUCCUUUUGGACCAUACUCACGAAGGAAAAUGCGACGAAACUGAGUUAGUGGCCAAGAGGAUUGGUGAGGAAGGAGAGACAAGUGGCUCAUCAUGUGAUGAAAAUGCUCCAAGUAGAAUGCAGGACAUCGGGACAGGUAAAUUCUUUUGGCUCUACAUCACGACAAUGAUUCUGAUACAGGGAUGUCUUCCACUUGUCAUAGGAGGUGCUUAUGGGAGCAUAUACUACUUGCUGACGACUUGGCUAGGUCAGCUGAGGUUUGAAUAUCUUCUUGCAACUGUACCGUUCAUUUACAUCGUCGGGUCAGUUGUCUGUAAGUGAAAUUAUUGUUCAUAACU